AUGUGCAACAUCCGACAAGGACUGGAUGGGCAAAGCUAUGGCCCCUCGGGACUCCAGGCUGGGACGCGUCAGCUCCGCGGUGACCUUGUCCUCCUGCCCGCCGUGGUGGGGAUGCUUCUCCUCUGCGCGAGCGCUGGCCUGGCAGUGCCCACUGCCAGCUCCCGGAGCGGUGAGUACGGGGUGGGGUUCCCCACAGACUGUAGUCAUCUCUGCAAGAACAGCCCCAGCGGGGUGUACGUCAUCCAGCCGGCGCUCCCCCCGCACGUGGUGUGGUGUGACUUGGACACCGAGGGCAAGGGCUGGACUGUUGUCCAGAGAAACUCUCACGACACUGAGCUCACGUGGAGGCAAUCCUGGACCACCUACAAGUACGGCUUCGGGAACGUGCAGGGUGAUCACUGGCUGGGCACCGAGUACCUGCACCUGCUGAUGCAGCAGGGCACCUACAAGGUCCACUUCAUCGUGCGGAAUAAAGCCAACAUCACCCAUUAUGCUGAGUACGACAUCUUCAGAGUGGAGAGCGAGGCCAGCGGGUACCCACUGAGGCUGGGCUGGUUUUCUGGUGAUGGGGAUGACUACCUGACCAGCUGUCACCCCAAGAAGGGGGGCAUCCAUGACAACAUGAAGUUCAGCAUGACCGACAAGGACCAGGACCAGUACAGUGGGAACUGCGCCAACAGCUACGGGGGCUGGUGGUACGACAAAUGCCAGAACGUCCUGCUCAAUGCCAAGAAGCACAUCCUGUGGCCAGGAUUCUGCGAUAAGGCGACUGUGCAUCCUCCCUCAUCCUGGUCAAACCCACAGACGUGUGCUGAACGUGCCGCAGCGCCCAGCCUCCUGGGAGCUUGGGGCAGUGCCACCUUCCCCAGCUCCGUGCCCCAUUCCCGUGCCUGCCAACAGCCCCGUGCCAGUCCUGGUGCACGUCCUGUGCUGCCCGCAGGUCCCACGCCGUCAUCAGCUGAAGCACAGCGGCUCUGGGCUCAGGAGCAAUGGCCUGGAGCCCCGGGCAGACAGGCAGCUUUGACCAGUGCCGUGGUGCUGGCCGGCACUGGGACACAGGCACUGUGCUUGCUCUUGGCCAAGUGGUAG